AUGUUCAGUAUAUUGAAUAAGCUAGGAAUAAUAUGGCUUGCAUUGGCCAAUAUUUCUAAUUGUGACAAUUCGAAGCUGGGUCACAAGUCAAUACCAAAGUAUAAUGUUAAAUACUAUCAUGCCAAUAUACCUAAGGACUUCGCAAAUAGAUUUGUUGAAUUGAAUGACAAAAUCGUAGAGAAUGGAUCAUUUGAAAUCUUAGGUAUCGAUGGACAGCCAUCCAAAAACCAAUACCUCUGCUUUACACCAAACCCAAAUACUGCAGUUAAUGUAAGUAUCGAAAGUGCUCAAAGGAAUACCAGGUCGAAAGAAAUAGAAAAUGAACCAAAAUCAGAGGCAGAAAUAAUACAAAGAGGUGUGGAGAUGAUCGAGAAAUCGUUUUCUAGAAAGGAUUGCGUAUUUGCCUAUGGGUCGAAUGGAGGUUACUGGACGUUAGGGUAUUGCUAUGGAGAUAAAGUUGUGCAAUUUCAUGAGAACCUUCAGCAUUUUGUAGCAACAGGUAAGCACAAACCUGAAUAUCCGGAUUAUAUAUAUGUGCUCGGGAGAUUUAAAGGGUCAUCCAAGAAACCAACGAAUUUAGACAAUCAAUCACCUUGGGCGAGCAACAAUUUAGAUUUAUCGGAAUUCACGAUUCACGAGAGUUCGAUUAUAUCUGAUGCUACAGCAAAAAAUGAACAGAGCAGGUUCCUUCAACAUACGCUAUACGAUGGGGAAAUUUGCGAUUUGACUCGGAAACCCAGAUCAAUUGAUAUCAUUUAUAAAUGUGAUCCCAACCACAGAGGGAGAAUAGAAAUUCUAGAUCAGCAAGAAAUUAAAACCUGUGUUUACCAAAUGGUUAUUGGUGUCCCAAAACUAUGCUCAUUGGACGAGUUCAGACCUAACAAAGUGGAAGAUCAAAUUAUUGAUAUAGAUUGCAAAUUAAUAGAUCAAACAAAUAAAGUUAAGGCCGAUAAGUUAAGCUACCAAGACUUUUUUUAUUAUACCGACGAUAUUCCAAGCGAUAAUAAGAUAUUUCCAAUACCUCAUUCAUACAAAGUAUCAUUAAACAAUUACAAUUUGAGCCCAUGCGGACACGGCUUUUACCUAGGUCAAAGUAAAUUGCCAAUUAAUUCGCCUAGUGUGUAUUUCAAUUUCCGUCAUAUUCUUGUUUUCAAUGACCAAUAUCAUUCAAGCAGUGACCUUCUAGAGAAACUAGGCAAGAUGCUCAAAGUCUGCGUUGGAAAUAAAAUUUUAUCUCCACAUAUAGAGAAUAAGAGACAAUCGUUACUUUCCUGGAAUGACACAUUCAUUCUUUGGUUCGAGCUAUACGAUUUCUACGGUUCGUUUAUUUCAUUAGUAAAGGUUUCCAGAGACGGUUCGAAAGAGGAAUUAGAAUUGAAGUUGCGAUUGAUAAACCCCGAAACAAUGCUUGAUCAAGAUGGUGACUUAGUCAAGGUUCCUGAAUUCGAUGCCCCAAAUAAUGCUUGGAAUUUCCAGAAGUUCUCAAAAGGAAAAGGUUCAGCUCUUGAUAGUACGAAUAAUGACAAGAAUAACAAAGCUACCGCUGAAAAUGAUAAACAAUAUCAAAGCACCAGCACAGAUAUCGUUACAGUUACAGUUACAGAGAGUCUAGAAACUACCUCUAGCGAGGAUGGCACCGAGGAAGUGUCAAAUGAAAUGGUGAUUUUAAAAAAAUUGGCAGACAAGCUCGGAAUGACAGAUAUUAAUGAAUUGCAUCAAGCCAUAGAAGACCUUGAUAUUGAGCUUGAAGUACAGCAUGAUGAAUUAUGA